GGAUUAGUGCAACCCCCUGCGACGGCCACACCAGCGCGAACGACUAAAAUUUUCGCUCCGCGAUUUUUUGUAAAAUACAUUGCUUAAAAAGCAAAUAGAGGAAAUUAUAGCAUAAUCCACGCCAUGGCCUGUAACGCUAGCAAGACGUCGCUUCUGCGCGCCAUCGCCAAACGAGGCUACGCCACCUGCCCACGUCCCGUCGGUGACCUGUCCGCCGUGAACGUCAAGGUGCUGGAGAACAAACUGGUGGUAGCCACCGCCGAUGCCACUCUUCCCGUUUCGCGUGUGUCCCUGGUGCUGGGAGCCGGAUCCCGGAACGAGGCCUACGACACCCAGGGCGCCUCGCACCUGCUCCGUUUGGCCGGAGGUCUGAGUACCCAGAACUCCUCCGCCUUCGCCAUCGCCCGCAACAUUCAGCAGGUGGGCGGCACCUUGACCACAUGGGGCGACCGCGAGGUCGUCGGCUACACGGUGACCACCACGGCCGACAACGCCGAGACUGGACUGCGCUACCUGCAGGACCUGCUGCAGCCGGCCUUCAAGCCCUGGGAGCUGGCCGACAACGCCAAGACGGUGGUUAACCAGCUGAACGCCGUCUCCACGGAGCAACGUGCCAUCGAGUUGGUGCACAAGGCCGCCUUCCGCAACGGCCUGGGCAACUCUAUCUACUCUCCCCGCUUCCAGCUGGGCAAGCUGUCCACCGAGAGUCUGCUGCACUACGUGGCCCAGACCUUCGCCGCCGGCCGUGCCGCCGUCGUGGGCGUGGGCAUCGACAAUAACACUCUGGCAGGCUAUGCCCAGACCCUGCAGUUCCCCAGCGGCGGCGGCAAGGCUGCCUCCGCCAACUGGUAUGGUGGAGACGCCCGCAAGGACACUUCUGGCCACCGUGCCGUCGUCGCAGUGGCUGGACAGGGCGGCGCCGCUUCAAACCACAAGGAGGCGCUGGCUUUCGCCAUCCUGGAGCAGGCUGUCGGCGCCAAGGCAGCCACCAAGCGCGGAACCUCGGCUGGACUUUUCGGCGAGGCCGUCAACUGCGCCGGCGGCUCGGGUGUCAUCGUUAAGUCUGUAAACGCCAGCUACUCGGACGCCGGUCUUUUCGGUUUCGUUGUCUCCGCCGAUUCCAAGGACAUUGGCAAGACCGUGGAGUUCCUGGUGCGUGGGCUGAAGUCCGCUUCGGUGUCCGACAAGGAUGUGGCCCGCGGCAAGGCUCUGCUGAAGGCGCGCAUCAUCUCGCGGUACUCGUCGGAUGGUGGUUUGAUCAAGGAGAUCGGUCGCCAGGCGGCGCUCACCCGGAAUGUGCUGGAGGCGGACGCCCUGCUCAGCGCCAUCGAUGGCAUCUCGCAGUCGCAGGUCCAGGAGGCGGCCAAGAAGGUGGGCAGCUCCAAGCUGGCCGUCGGCGCCAUCGGCCACCUGGCCGGCGUGCCCUACGCCUCCGAUUUGGCUUAAGUAGAUAAACACCUGUACAUCUGUUAACCGUAAUGUAACGACUAAAUAAACCUAUUGAAGGGAACGAUCCGCGAACGUAGAUA